AUGCCAAGAAAACGAAAGCUGUUAGCUCAGUUAAGUGCUCUCCAAAGUGACAGCAGCUUCCCAUCCUUUGAUGCCUUGGGAAACCUAAACACUAAACCUGGUGGUGAUUCUUCUCCAAAAAGCAGCAAGUAUUUUGCAGCAGAGAAAAAAAAUUCUUUCCAUCUAGAAGCAGAUUUUUUCAACCAGCCCUGUAUUAGCCUGGCCAAGUCCUUUCUGGGGCAGAUUUUAGUUCGCAAACUUCCUGAUGGCAGAGAACUCUGGGGAAGGAUUGUUGAAACAGAAGCUUAUCUGGGUGGGGAAGAUGAAGCUUCCCACUCCAAAGGUGGGAAGCAGACUCAACGAAAUGCAGCAAUGUUCAUGAAACCAGGAACUCUGUACGUGUAUCAGAUCUACGGGAUUCACUUCUGCAUGAAUGUUUCCAGCCAAGGGGAAGGGGCUGCAGUAUUGCUUCGCUCUUUGGAACCUCUUCAGGGAUUAGAUGUGAUGAGAGAGAUGCGCAGUGCUUCAAGGAAAGGACCCACAAAGCUGCUGAAGGACUGGCAGCUGUGUAACGGGCCCUCCAAGCUCUGCCAGGCAUUUGGGAUUGAUAAGACUUUUGACCAAAGGGACCUGACUCAAGAUGCAGCCAUCUGGAUGGUACCUGGACCUGAUCUACCAGGACAGCCAGACGUGGUAGCCACAACAAGGAUUGGUAUUGGCAACAGGGGAGAGUGGACACAGAAACCCCUCAGGUUUUAUUUACGAGGAAACAGAUUUGUGAGUGUUGUAGACAAGAAAAUGGAGAGAGAGAUGGCAGCAGUGGGACAGCUCUCUUGCAGCUGACAAGUCUUGCAGGUGUGCCACCAAGAAGGACUUGAGCAGUGCUCUGUAUUAAAGCUGUGCUGUGGCAGCAGCUAUGGCAGAGUGGCCUGGAGGUUUUUAAACAAUAAAUGUACCUUAUUGCAA